CCACCCACAUCACAACAAGUAAGUGAGAAUAUCAGACAGAGGUGACAUAUCAGCUGAGUCUGUGCUGUGUGAACACUUUGGCCUUUAAUAUUUACAAACGGGGACUGCAGUAAAACAUCUGACAUCUGACACACAUGUCGGGCUUUAGAGGUACAAGGAUGAACUUCUCCGGUCUGCUAACUCUCCAAAAGGAACGAGUUCCUCUGAAGAGCAUUGAGGUGGAGCUGGAGGUGAGGGACCAUGUGGCUACAGUGGUCUCCACUCUGAACUACGAGAACAAGAAGGACAAACCAUUAGAGGCUGUUUUUGUCUUCCCUCUGCCUGGAGAUGCUGCUGUCUGUCAUUUCAGUGCUAAGAUUGGACAGACACAGAUUGUAGCUGAGGUGAAGGAGAAACAGAAGGCUCGUGAGGAGUAUGAUGAUGCUCUGAACUCCGGUCAGCAGGCCUUCCUAUUGGAGGGGAGUGAUCAGAGUCCAGAUAUAUUCUCUCUGAGUGUGGGCAGUCUGCCUCCAGGAGAGAGCGCCUCCAUCAGGUUGGAGUACGUGACUGAGCUGGCUGUGCAGGCUGAUGAUGGUCUGAGGUUCUGUCUGCCUGCUGUGCUCAACCCUCGAUUCAAUCCUCAAUACAAAUAUCGGGGUAGGAAAUCUAAAUCUUUAGAGGUGGUUUAUGUUCCAGCCUCUUGGGUGCCCUACACUCUGUCUUUCUCUGCCCGAGUGUCCUCUCCUCGUCCAAUCUCUAAAGUAGAGUCUAACUGUUCCCUGGACCCUCUCCAGUACCUCAACACUGAUCAAACCCAGGCCACGGUCAAGCUGGCUGCAGGACACAAGUUUGACAGAGAUGUUGAACUGCUGAUUUAUUACAAAGAUGCCCACCAGCCCACUGCUGUGGUGGAGGCAGGACAGGCCUCUGCUGAGCCGGGCACUCUGAUGGGUGAUCCAGUGGUGAUGGUGAGUCUGUACCCUGAGUUCCCAGAGACUGUGAUGUCUUCAGGGACUUCUUGUGGAGAGUUUGUGUUCUUAAUGGAUCGAUCUGGAAGUAUGGACUGUGCUAUCAGUAAGAGUGAGCAGGAGGAAACUCGUAUGAGCUCUGCCAGGGAUGCUGUGCUGCUCCUGUUGAAGAGCUUACCAAUGGGCUGCUAUUUCAACAUCUACAGUUUUGGAUCCAGUUAUGAACACAUCUUCCCUAAGAGUGUGGAGUAUAGCCAAGAGACCAUGGAGGAGGCGCUGAAGAAUGUUGAUCAAAUGGAGGCUGAUUUGGGAGGAUCAGGGAUGCUGGAGCCCCUCAAACAUAUUUACAACCAGCCUUGCAUUCCCAGUCACCCUAGACAGCUGUUUGUCUUCACUGAUGGAGAGGUGUGGGACACCAAAGAAGUGAUAGAUCUGGUGAAGAAGAACUCAGAUUCUCACAGGUGUUUCUCCUUUGGGAUUGGGGAAGGGGCCAGCUCUGCUCUCAUCAAUGGGAUGGCAAAGGAAGGAGGAGGUCACGCUCAGUUCAUCACAGGGACUGACAGGAUGCAAGCAAAAGUGAUGCAGUCGCUGCGAUUUGCUCUGCACUCUAUUGUCACAGUCAUAUGGGAUUUACCAAAGGAAGUGUCUGUCACUGUCCUCUCUCCACCAAUCGCAAUACUUUCCAAGGGUCAGAGGUCACUGAUUUAUGCCCAGCUCACUGGACAGAGCCCAGAGGCAGCAGAGGGCUGUGUGACGGUGAAGUACAGCCUGGCAGGUCAUCCCUCUGAGAACCAGCUGCACUUCAGUCUCAGACCUGCAGAGGACACUGGACUAACAGUCCACAGGUUGGGGGCUCGGAGUCUGAUUCGCUCCCUGGAGAGAGAGCACAAAAAGCAUGAAGAUGGAGGAGUGAAGGAGAAGCUGGUGCAGCUCAGUGUUCAGUCAGGAGUGAACAGCUCUUUCACUGCCUUCAUUCCUGUCAACAAAGACAAUGGAGACACAAUUCAAGGACGUUUUCUGUGCAGAAAUAUUCCAAAACCCUUUAAAAUGGAGAGAGAUCGUCCAUGGCGUGUAUCAAGACCUGCAAGGAGCUGGAGUACGACGAUGAACUGCUCUGGUCUGUUAAAUCUCCAAAAGGAACCAGUUCCUCUGAAGAGCAUUGAGGUGGAGCUGGAGGUGAGGGACCAUGUGGCUACGGUGGUCUCCACUCUGAACUACGAGAAUAAGGAGGACAAACCAUUAGAGGCUGUUUUUGUCUUCCCUCUGCCUGGAGAUGCUGCUGUCUGUCAUUUCAGUGCUAAGAUUGGACAGACACAGAUUGUAGCUGAGGUGAAGGAGAAACAGAAGGCACAUGAGGAGUAUGAUGAUGAUCUGAGCUUUGGUCAGCAGACCUUCCUAUUGGAGGAGAGUGAUCAGAGUCCAGAUAUAUUCUCUCUGAGUGUGGGCAGUCUGCCUCCAGGAGAGAGUGCCUACAUCAGGUUGGAGUACGUGACUGAGCUGGCUGUGCAGGCUGAUGAUGGUCUGAGGUUCUGUCUGCCUGGUGUACUCAACCCUCAAUACAAAUAUCUGGCCUCUCUGGUGCCCUACAGCCUGUCUUUCUCUGCCCGAGUGUCCUCUCCUCGUCCAAUCUCUAAAGUAGAGUCCAACUGUUCCCUGGACCCUCUCCAGUACCUCAACACUGAUCAAACCCAGGCCACGGUCAAGCUGGCUGCAGGACACAAGUUUGACAGAGAUGUUGAACUGCUGAUUUAUUACAAAGACGCCCACCAGCCCACUGCUGUGGUGGAGGCAGGACAGGCCUCUGCUGAGCCGGGCACUCUGAUGGGUGAUCCAGUGGUGAUGGUGAGUCUAUACCCUGAGUUCCCAGAGACUGUGAUGUCUUCAGGGACUUCUUGUGGAGAGUUUGUGUUCUUAAUGGAUCGAUCUGGAAGUAUGGACUGUGCUAUCAAUAAGAGUGAGCAGGAGGAAACUCGUAUGAGCUCUGCCAGGGAUGCUGUGCUGCUCCUGUUGAAGAACUUACCAAUGGGCUGCUAUUUCAACAUCUACAGUUUUGGGUCCAGUUAUGAACACAUCUUCCCUAAGAGUGUGGAGUAUAGCCAAGAGACCAUGGAGGAGGCGCUGAAGAAUGUUGAUCAAAUGGAGGCUGAUUUGGGAGGAUCAGGGAUGUUGGAGCCCCUUAAACAUAUUUACAACCAGCCUUGCAUUCCCAGUCACCCUAGACAGCUGUUUGUCUUUACUGAUGGAGAGGUGUGGGACACCAAAGAAGUGAUAGAUCUGGUGAAGAAAAACUCAGAUUCUCACAGGUGUUUCUCUUUUGGGAUUGGGGAAGGGGCCAGCUCUGCUCUCAUCAAUGGGAUGGCCAAAGAAGGAGGAGGUCAUGCUCAGUUCAUCACAGGGACUGACAGGAUGCAAGCAAAAGUGAUGCAGUCGCUGCGAUUUUCUUUACACCCUAUUGUCACAGUCAUAUGGGAUUUACCAAAGGAAGUGUCUGUCACUGUACUCUCUCCACCAAUCACAACACUUUUCAAGGGUCAAAGGUCACUGAUUUAUGCCCGGCUCACUGGACAGAGUUCAGAGGCAGCAGAGGGCUGUGUGACGGUGAAGUACAGCCUGGCAGGUCAUCCGUCUGAGAACCAGCUGCACUUCAGUCUCAGACCUGCAGAGGACACUGGGCUAACAGUCCACAGGUUGGGGGCUCGGAGUCUGAUUCGCUCCCUGGAGAUAGAGGACAGAGAGCACAAAGAACAUGAAGAUGGAGGAGUGAAGGAGCAGCUGGUGCAGCUCAGUGUUCAGUCAGAAGUGAGCAGCUCUUUCACUGCCUUCAUUCCUGUCAACAAAGACAACGGAGACACAAUUCAAGGAUGUUUUCUGUGCAGAAAUAUUGCAACACCCUUUGAAAUGGAGAGAGAUCGUCCAUGGCGUGUAUCAAGACCUGCAAGGAGCUGGAGUACGCGGAUGAACUGCUCUGGUCUGUUAAAUCUACAAAAGGAACCAGUUCCUCUGAAGAGCAUUGAGGUGCAGCUGGAGGUGAGGGACCAUGUGGCUACAGUGGUCUCCAUUCUGAACUACGAGAAUAAGGAGGACAAGCCAUUAGAGGCUGUUUUUGUCUUCCCUCUGCCUGGAGAUGCUGCUGUCUGUCAUUUCAGUGCUAAGAUCGGACAGACACAGAUUGUAGCUAAGGUGAAGGAGAAACAGAAGGCUCGUGAGGAGUAUGAUGAUGCUCUGAGCUGCGGUCAGCAGGCCUUCCUAUUGGAGGAGAGUGAUCGGAGUCCAGAUAUAUUCUCUCUGAGUGUGGGCAGUCUGCCUCCAGGAGAGAGCGCCUCCAUCAGGUUGGAGUACGUGACUGAGCUGGCUGUGCAGGCUGAUGAUGGUCUGAGGUUCUGUCUGCCUGCUGUGCUCAACCCUCGAUACCAGCCUCAGGGUAGUGAAGGUGCAGGAGUCCAGGUGACUUCUGUUCCAGCCUCUCUGGUGCCCUACAGUCUGUCUUUCUCUGCCCGAGUGUCCUCUCCUCGUCCAAUCUCUAAAGUAGAGUCCAACUGUUCCCUGGACCCUCUCCAGUACCUCAACACUGAUCAAACCCAGGCCACGGUCAAGCUGGCUGCAGGACACAAGUUUGACAGAGAUGUUGAACUGCUGAUUUAUUACAAAGAUGCCCACCAGCCCACUGCUGUGGUGGAGGCAGGACAGGCCUCUGCUGAGCCAGGCUCUCUGAUGGGUGAUCCAGUGGUGAUGGUCAGUCUGUACCCUGAGUUCCCCCAGUCUGUGAUGUCUUCAAUGGCUUCAUGUGGAGAGUUUGUGUUUCUAAUGGAUCGAUCUGGAAGUAUGGGCUGUCAUAUCACAAACAGCAUGCAGCAGGAAACUCGCAUCAGCAGUGCCAGGGAUACUCUGCUGCUCCUGUUGAAGAGCUUACCAAUGGGCUGCUAUUUCAACAUUUACAGUUUUGGGUCUGGAUAUGAACACAUCUUCCCUAAGAGUGUGGAGUACAGCCAGCAGACCAUGGAGGAGGCUCUGAAGACAGUUGAGCAGAUGGAGGCUAAUCUUGGAGGAACUGAGAUCCUGCAGCCCCUCAAACAUAUUUACAGCCAGCCCUGCAUUCCCAAUCAGCCUCGACAGCUGUUUGUCUUUACUGAUGGAGAGGUGGGGAACACCAAAGAAGUGAUAGAUCUGGUGAAGAAGAACUCAGAUUCUCACAGGUGUUUCUCUUUUGGGAUUGGGGAAGGGGCCAGCCCUGCUCUCAUCAAUGGGAUGGCAAAGGAAGGAGGAGGUCACGCUCAGUUCAUCACAGGGACUGACAGGAUGCAACCAAAAGUGAUGCAGUCGCUGCGAUUUGCUUUGCAGCCGGCUAUGGUCGACAUCUCAGUCACUUGGGAUUUACCAAAGGAAGUGUCUGUCACUGUCCUCUCUCCACCAGUCACAGCCAUUUUCCAGGGUCAAAGGUCACUGAUUUAUGCCCAGCUCACUGGACAGAGUUCAGAGGCAGCAGAGGGCUGUGUGACGGUGAAGUACAGCCUGGCAGGUCAUCCCUCUGAGAACCAGCUGCACUUCAGUCUCAGACCUGCAGAGGACACUGGACUAACAGUCCACAGGUUGGGUGCUCGGACUCUGAUUCGCUCCCUGGAGAUGGAUGAGAGAGAGAGCAGAGGACAGCAAGAUGGAGGAGUGAAGGAGAAGGUGGUGAAGCUCAGUGUCCAAUCAGGAGUGAGCAGUUCUUUCACUGCCUUCAUUGCUGUCAAUAAAGACAACAGCGAAGUGAUUCAAGGACCUCUUGUGCGCAGAAAUAUUCCAACGCCCUUUGCUCCCUUGAGGGCAGGUGGUUCACCAACAUAUAAGAUUGCUCGCUUGAGGGGAGGUGGUUCACCAAUGUUGGUAAAUGGGCUAAUGGGUUGUCCACCUCCCAUGAUGCGUGUGUCAAGCCCUGUUGUGUUUGGUGCUUCAUCAGGACUUAUGUUGGACUCUGUGCUGAUGGCUGCUCCAAUGGGCAUGAGUGCAGAAGCAAAGAGAAGGAAAAAAGAGAGCAGAUUCAGUAAAGCUGCUGCACCCGAGCAGCCACCCAGAGACCCUUUGCUGCACUUAGUCUCCCUGCAGGAGGCGUCUGGCUGCUGGCUGCUUGAUCCAGCUCUGGCUACUGCACUGGGAAAGACCAACAAGAAGGUGGAAAAGUCAAAGCCUGAAAAGGCCAACAGUGAAGUGUGGGCCACCAUUCUGGCUCUGCUCUGGCUUCAUGCUUUCAAGAUGAAUGCAAAGGACGAGUGGGAGCUUCUGGCUAUGAAGGCUGCCUCAUGGCUCCAUGCUCAGAAUGCGCCGUGUGUGACAGAGUGUGUGGAUGCUGGAAAUGUCCUGUUGGGUUGCAGCAUGAGGAAAGAAGCUCUGGGCCUCUGAGGGGUUUCUUAUUGCGGCUUCACCUUCAGGGUGAUCAGAAGCAGAUCUGCAUACACCAUACUGCCUUUGAUUCAGUGCUGUUUUAUGUUACAUACCCUGCUGCUGUUAUGCAGUCAGAAUUUCUAUAUAUUCUUUUUCAUGCUUAGUUCUUAGUGUUAAGAGGCAUUUUGUAUUUUGUGAAUCACUCCCUGUAAACCAGUGUGGGGAACUCCAGGCCUUAAAUGAUUAGUUCAUUACCAGGCCUCUGGAGAACUUCAAGACAAGUUGAGGAUGUAAUUUGGCCAUUUAAAUCAGCUGUGUUGGAUCAAGGACACAUCUAAAACCUGCAGGACACCGGGCCUUGAGGCCUGGAGUUGCCCACCCCUGCUGUAAACCAAUGCCCCUUUCGAGGUCCUCCUUCUUAGUUACAUUGAGGAUUUUGUGCACGCUUCUCAUGACAGAGAGGAUAAAAGAGGCACAAAACUGUGCCCAGUCUGUGACAUCAAACAAAUUGGUUGUGAAUCAAAACUCUUUAUUCCUACUUUUCUAAGUAAUCUUUAAAUUUCAAGUAAACCUUUUCUGAGUAAUCUGUUUCUCCCGUUGCAGUUGUGCUCACCAAUCAAAACACAACGUCUAUACACCACUAAACAUUCAACACUUCUAUAACAAAGUCCGUGAGCUGAACACAUACAGGGUGCCUGAACAUAACUGACGAAUUAUAAUUUGUCACUCCAAGUUAACAUGUUUGUUUUUUAUUUUUAAAAAGCAAACUUUGUCAACCACCAGUGGUUUAUUAUUCUUUUUGUUCAGUUUGUUCUUGUCUUAAUGUGUCUACUCAGACAAAAACUGUGUGCAUUUCUUUUCUUUGCUCGGUCACAGAACGCUAAUGCAGAAAGCAGUGCAGGGUUGGGUCAAACAUCGAUAUCAUCAGGGGCUGGAGGCAUGGUUCCAUGUUUCAUGACAAAGAAGGAUACUGUUCAAAAUUAUACAUGAUGAUGUGCUCCCAAUAAUAUUUGGAAGACCUACACACUUUUUUUAAAUACUGGAUUCUUUGUGUGCAAACAGUUCUUGAAAGAUAAGAAAUUGGUACGAUUGACUGGGGCCAGUCUCUUUCUGUCAUGGUCCUGGGUCUGGUGACACAGUGUUCAUGUGUUUUCGAGUUUCGUUAAUAUUCUUUGAUUUAGUGUCAUUUGUGGUUUUGGUUUUCUUAAUUGUUUUGUGCUCAUGUUAUAGUUUUUAGCCUUUAGGUUUUCAUCCUUUGUGUCUUGCCUGUCUUUCACGUUUCUUGUUUAGUUCAAAUUUGUUCUUGGUUUACUUAUAUUUUGGGAUUAUCAAAAAAGUUUUUUUGUAGGUUAAUAAAUGUUAGGUUUAUAUUGUUGAAUUGUCAUUUAUGCUUAGAAAUAUAUAACCAUAUAUUCUUAGAGGUGUAUAAUCGAUUGUGUAGUGAUAGGAUGUGUGAUCCUUAGUAGUCUGCAAAGACUUUGUGUGCAUUCCAGAGUGCUCUGGCAUAUACACAAACAUCGUAAGGAGAUGAGAGAGGUUGUACCUUCUCUUACUGUUUUAUGGUAUGGUAAACACAUCUAUGUCCAUUUAGGUGUAAGUGCCUUUUGUUUAGAUGAACUGCUGGACUUCCAGGCCCAGCAGAUUUUGGGGAGUCAUUCACGGGGUCACAUCUUGACCCACACACACCCAUACCUACACGUAUACACAGACUGGUACUCUUUGUUCACAUGUAUGCCUAUGUAAGAUGCCAUAUGUUAAUGAACUAAUGCAUAUUCAUACAACCUCAAUAAAGAGCAGUGCUACGGGGGAGCUAACUGAGAGUGACUGGGGUUUGAGCGUCAGGAACAGCGCUCAUCACAGUUCUCUCCCUCGUGCAUGUGAUUACCAAAGAA